AUGUUCAAACACGUAGCGAAUCAAGCGCUAUUGCAAAAUAUCUCUGCAUACUGCAUGGUUAUCGAGUUUGAAAAUCGAUGGAUUUCGGCCGUUGUGAUCGCGGAUGCCUUUGCUGUUUCCGCGCUCCACUCAGUACCGGACUGCUUCCGAGAGAAUGGUAUGGAACUUUAAUAACUUAAGCUGCAAGCAGUGGAUUGUAGGAUUCCUAGAACCUCUGAAUAAAGAUCAAAAUUGUCAAUACAUUUAAGGUACGUCGGUGAUUCUUCGAGAUGAUCAGGGAGAGCUGCACAAUGCGCAUGUCCACGGGUCUAACGCGAUUUCGGACUACAUUGUGUUCAGGAAAGACGCGGGAUCAUUCAAGAAUGUGCCGAAAGUGAUGUCUCCGCAGCUCAUUGACAAGUACAUUGUGAUUGUGAGUAAAUUAAAGCUUACCUAUUUAUUCAGAUUAUUUAUAAGUAUAAUUAAUAUUGCAAACAUUGUGAAUUACUUUUUAUAAACCAUCAUUCAUACUAAUAUUGCUUUAUUUUCAGGGGUGCGCUUUCGGUGAGAAGUCAGUCUCUGUCCGCGUUGGUCUCAACAUCUCAUCGAUCUCUACUGGCUCUCGUGGUUUCUUCUACGGAGAAAGCGGUGGUAUUCCGGGGUUCAGUGGAGGUAGUAGUAGCAGUAGUAGUACACGAAGAAAUUUUUUGUAAACAACCAAUAUAUUGGCAUUGACAACCAAAUAAUCGUUUACCUUUUUUUCUAUGUGUAGUAGCAUUUAUCGUAUUUUUGAGGCGGCGUAUUCUGCUCACGAAACGGCUUCCUGAUGGGAAUCGCAAGAGGAAAUGAAUAUGAUGGGAACGAGACGCAUCUGUACGGCAAUGUGCUGGAAAUGAUUUCGGCAGCACGUGAGCAUAAAUUUAAUAAUUUCUUUAUCUCACAGUUCAUAAGAUUCAUAAGAAUUUCAUUUUUUUUAGUCAUCCUCAACAACAUCGAAGUCUUCGGGCACCAGCCUUUCUCCGUGUGA